AAUGUUUAGGUCUAAUUUUUACUCAGGAUAUUCAAGGCUGGAGACAUGGAUCAUUUUAUACCAAUAAAUCACAAUGAAGAUAACAAAAUUCGGCAAGAUAUUUUUAAGGAACAGAACGAAAUACCAUUAUUAUGUUGUCCGGCAAAUAGAAAGACUCUCAUCAAAAAUUCAGACAAAGUAGAUGCAAGUACAAUUUGUAAUUUUUCUAUAUCAGAUACAAGAAAUUGGAAAACAAGAUUUCGAAAUCAGUUUUUGAAAACAACACCACUAACUAAAUCUUUAGUAAAUUCAGUUACGUGUAAACGAUAUCCAAUUUUAUCAACAUUUUCGUCAUCAGGUGAAGUUGAAAGUAUAAAGUCACAAGAAUCAUCAAAUUUGGAAAUAUUUUUGUCGACUGUUUCGAUCUGUGAAAAAUGCGAAUGUGUUGAGAAUGCUCCAGCUCUUGUUAAAUCGUCAACGAGGCCAGAUUUAACGUGUCACAAAACCAAAGAUGUUCUGAGUGUUGAAAGCAUUCAAGAAGUAUGUCCUCAUUGUCUUGCAAAACACCUAUCAUGCGAUAAUCAGCCUCAAGAUAAUAAAUGUGCCGUAUCGUUAAACAGUGACAUAAGUUUGUCUAGCACAUUUAUUCAAGAAAUCGAUUAUCAAUCUGUUAAAAAUGACACAUCUGCUGUGACAAUAAAAAUGCCAUCCGAAUCCUUAAAACAAAAAUUGAUACAGAAAGGUUUGUUGAAGCUACCCAAGAGCAGCUCCACACAUUGUGAUCAUUGCACUAAUAAUUGUCAAGCUGUAGUUGUAAGCAGAGACUACUCUAAAUCUCAACAAAUACUAACUGCCAAAUGUUCAUGUUUUGAAAUUCCUUUACCUCCCGAUGCAGUCAAAACAGCAUUAUCUAAAGAUUCGUAUUCUAAACGAAAGAAAACUUAUGUCAGCCAUUAUUCAACAUUUUCACAUCAAUCAAAUGAUUCUGAAGAAAAAUUACCCAGGUGUACAUGUUGUGACUCGCUGAAAUCAAAAUUAUCAAUUGUUUCACAAGACGAUAGCUCCGAAGAUAUUCAAAAGAAGUUUAAUGGAUGUGGGAAAAAGGAAUCUUUUCUUGUAGAUAAUUAUAGACCUUUAUGUAACCGACAACCUGAUGUUAUUCCGUUUAUUUGUCAACGGGCAACCAUUUCAACCGCAGGAAAAAAUCAUCAAGACGGUAUUUGAAUAUCUGAACGAAGUUUAAUAACUGCACAGAAGUAUCGAAAUAUAACGAAGAAAUGCAAAAAUAUGCAAGAAAACAGUUUUAUAUGCCAGAAUAUACUGAAUUAAAAAG